GGCAUCUCCAGAGAGAAGCUGCCUCUGCCAGAGCACCUGUUGGGACUUAAGGAUCAUCCCUGGAUAAGGAACGGGAUCUCAAGUUACAUAUUAUUCAGAAGGGAAGGAGAAAAUUUAUCAUUAACUGGACAACUCAGCCAGGAGGUUUAAGAAGAAGCUGAUCAGCCCAGAUCUGGAGGCCCCGAAACUGGCAGGAUGGCCACCCCGGCGGCUACCACUGUCCUGGCCCAACAGGAGUCGAGCUCCCCUCACAUUGCAAUUGCAAACGCAGCUGACAUCUCGGUCAUUGUCAUCUACUUCCUCGUUGUCCUAGCAGUUGGCUUGUGGGCCAUGUACUCGACCAACCGUGGAACCGUCGGAGGAUUCUUCUUGGCCGGCCGGAGCAUGGUGUGGUGGCCGAUCGGGGCCUCUCUCUUUGCAAGUAAUAUCGGCAGCGGCCACUUUGUGGGCCUGGCAGGGACCGGGGCGGCUGCAGGAAUUGCCAUUGGAGGCUUUGAGUGGAACGCCUUGGUGAUCGUGGUGAUCCUUGGCUGGGUGUUUGUGCCAAUCUACAUCAAGGCCGGGGUGGUCACCAUGCCGGAGUAUCUGAAGAAGCGCUUCGGAGGGAAACGGAUUCAGAUCUACCUGUCAGUCCUGUCUCUGCUCCUGUACAUCUUCACGAAGAUCUCGGCAGAUAUAUUUUCUGGAGCCAUAUUUAUCCAAAUUGCUAUGGGACUGAAUAUUUAUGUGGCCAUCAUCAUACUGCUGACUAUCACGGCCCUUUACACCAUCACAGGAGGACUUGCCGCCGUGAUCUACACAGACACACUGCAGACCUGCAUCAUGUUGGUGGGAUCCAUCAUCCUGACCGUCUUUGCAUUUACAGAAGUCGGAGGAUACGAGGGCCUGAUGGAGAAGUAUAUGAAAGCAAUCCCAUCCAACAUCUCCUACGAUGACGUGACCAUCCCUGAAAAGUGCUACACUCCCCGUCCAGAUGCCUUCCACAUUUUCCGGGACCCGGUGGACGGCGACCUCCCUUGGCCAGGACUCAUCUUUGGCUUGAGCAUUCUGGCCUUGUGGUAUUGGUGCACUGACCAGGUCAUUGUCCAGCGAUGCCUCUCGGGAAAAAACAUGUCCCACGUCAAGGCUGGCUGCAUCAUGUGUGGCUACUUGAAGUUGCUGCCCAUGUUCCUGAUGGUGAUGCCAGGCAUGAUCAGCCGCAUUCUCUACCAAGACAAAGUGGCCUGUGUUGUUCCCUCCGUGUGCAAGAAGAUUUGUGGGACAGAGGUUGGCUGUACAAACAUUGCCUAUCCAACAAUGGUGGUGGAGCUCAUGCCAGAUGGGCUACGAGGCCUGAUGCUCUCUGUGAUGCUGGCCUCGCUGAUGAGCUCCCUCACUUCCAUCUUUAAUAGUGCCAGCACCCUCUUCACCAUGGACAUCUACACCAAAAUACGCUCCACCGCCAAGGAGAAGGAGCUCAUGAUUGUUGGCAGGCUGUUCAUCCUGGGCCUGAUUGGCAUCAGCAUCGCCUGGGUGCCCGUGAUCCAGUCUGCGCAGAGCGGGCAGCUCUUUGACUACAUCCAAUCCAUCACCAGUUACCUGGGUCCACCCAUUGCCGCCGUCUUCUUCCUGGCCAUCUUCUGCAAGAGAGUCAAUGAGCAGGGCGCCUUCUGGGGCCUGAUGGUGGGACUGGUAAUUGGGCUCUCUCGAAUGUUUGCAGAAUUUGCCUAUGGCACCGGCAGCUGCGCUGUGCCCAGUGAAUGCCCAGCGAUCAUCUGUAAAGUGCAUUACCUCUAUUUUGCUAUCAUCCUUUUCGCUGUCUCUAUCACCGUCAUUUUGAUCGUCUCAUUCCUAACCAAGCCAAUCGAUGAUGUCCAUCUUUAUCGUCUUUGCUGGACUUUGCGCAACAGUAAAGAGAAACGUGUCGAUCUGGACGCAGGGGAGAUGGUGCAAGGAAUGGAGGACUAUGAGGAAGAGCCAGCCCAAGAGAAAGAGACCAACUGUUGCAAGAAAGCCUACAACUGGUUCUGUGGCUUGGAACAGACGGGCCCCAAGCUGAGCAAGGAAGAAGAGGAGGCCCUGCAGCAUAAGUUGACAGACACGACGGAGGAGCCCUUGUGGAGGCGCGUGGUCAACAUCAACGCCAUCAUCUUGCUGUCAGUGGCUGUCUUCUGCCAUGGAUUUUUUGCAUAGUCUGAACAUCCCUGGAUUCUCCAGCCUGUCCUCCUGUGGCACAUCCUCAAGUCCUUGUAUCAACUUUGUAAUAUCGUUCUGGAUAUCUGCCCAUAUCUUUCUGGAAAUGUGCUGCCCAGAAUUGUACACAGUACUCCAUCUGUUAUAUCCUGAAUAUGUAUUGAGAAAGAAAAUUUGAAUUAAAUUAAAAAAUACUGUAAACAAGCCUCACAAUGGAUAAUGAGAUGCUGAAAUAGUGGAUAGCCUCUGUCUUUUAGGAUUGACCAUUAGCAUCAAAGCAAUCAGCAGCCAAAGAAGGUAGCAGCCGGACACUAGCUCAGCAAUGAAGGCGUAUUAUGUGAGAUGAAGCCUUCUGGGAGUCUACAACCCUGAGAAUGGAUGAAGAAGAAGACAAUCAGCAGCGAGGCAGAUGGAUUGUAGCAGCAACACAUGCACCUUCGUAGACCUCAAGGUCUAGGUUGGAGAUAGGUCAUCUUGAAGAAGAUCUACUUAUGUGAUCAUUAAAAGUUGAUGCUGAGUUGAUGGCAAACACUGAUAGCUCUUAGUUUGUGACCACAACUGGGACGGGCAACUCAGACAUUAAACAAAGCGGUUGCUAAGUGAAA